ACCUGUGCUACAAGAGAAAAUAAAAGGUACACAUUCACAGCUAUAUUUUUCCGUGGACUUCUGAAAAGUUAAGUUGCUGAAAGUGAAGAAACUCAACUGGCCCAGAUUAGUUAUUUAGUGACACACAUGGAAGCCAGAAAACUGUCAAAAUCAGAUCUGAGGACGACAAGCGGACGGGUUUAAUAUCGACCCACCAAAGUAACGUUGGAACUUUUAGUCCAAUGGCGAAGAAAGAGAGAAGAAACGGAACAGCAGUUUGCUUCAAUAAUUAAUUGUAUCGUUUUUGACCCGCGGUGUAUAUCCUAAAAACAACGCUAACUGAACCAACAUCGUGUUCAUUAUUCAUAACUACUUACAGUAUGUCAGCUAAUUGGUUCGUCUGUUAGCUCGAGCGCGUUUCGCGUAUCAUUUUAGCUAGCCGGAGCCUCGUUAGCUUUAGCCAUCAACGGCUCUCCGGCUAAGAUUUGAGUCUCUUAGCAUUUGAGUUUCCCAACAGUGAGAGCACAAAAAAGUCGAUCUUGCCUGUUUGUUUUAAGCCGGAUUUGUUACGUCCUUCGACCGGGUCAGACCAAAGCGGGGGAAAGUAUGUCCUUUAGCUCCUGCUAAUCUUGUGAACCAACAUGUCUUCUCACCUGACGCAAAAUCGAGCGAGCUAGUGCUGCUCACGUUGUAACUUUCCCUUAAAAUAAGCAUUUUUUUUUAAAUCAAGGGAGGUAAAAUAAUUAUGGUCAGCUCUCUGCGAUAUAAAACAGUUAAUGGCACAAUUUCAUUCUAAAUAUAAGGACUGACUUUAACACUGUAGAAGUUUGUCUUCUAAAAAUGGAGAUUUUUAGAUUGGUUAAACUUCCAUCUAAGGGCUAAUCAAUGGGAAAAAAAGAAACAUUCAAACCUCUUGUGUUGUUUCCCAGUUUGUCACUUCGUGAUGCACUUUUUACUUUAUUUUAUGUAACAGCUCAGAUGGACACAAGAUUGUCAAACUUUUUGCAAAUGAAAAGGUACUCUGAGAUCUAAAAAUGAUAAGGUAUGCUGAAACUAUUUCCUUCUGAAGUGACAUACUGAAGCUCUACAGCCAUGUUUUCAUGGAAGAGUGGUAAGAAAAAAAAUAAAAGUCAUUGUUGAAAGAAAUUCCCAUCUGCAGUUUGCGAUAGGCCGGGCCACAGAAACCUGUGGAAGAAGGGUUUGUGGUUACAUUUCACAACAUGCAAUACCUUGUGUUGGACUGUUGUAUGAAAUCCCAAUCAGACACAAAGAGGCUUGUAGCUGUACAUGUGAAAAAAAUAUGAAGAGGUUUUGCGAGACACUAUUUAGACCUCCAGAAUGUUGAUAUUCUUUUGAAAAUGGUUUCAGUAAAAAAUAAAUGAAUAAACGAACAUUUACAGUGCUUUAGUUUUAACUGAAUUUACAUUUACAGUAUUGUUGACUGUUCCACAUUGAUAAGAACUGUAAAUCAUUUUUUCAUUCAAUGACACCAUUGUUCUUUUUUACUGUCGCUAAGCAAUAACGUUUUUUUAUGAUCAGUGCGGGUGGAUUAUUAACCAGGAAAUAAAAGAGCUGAUGACUUAACUGAGAGGAGUUAGACACAUUACACUUUUCGAGGACACUUGCUUCAGGAUCUUUAAGCAAGGAAAGAAACGCUAGAACAACUCCUUCGUGGAAUCGGAUCUUCCUGCGAACAUGUCUGACGCUGUCCAGAAAGAUCCAUCCAGCAUUCUGUGCGACAUGUGUGCAGGGGAGGAGAGGAAAGUAGCACGGAAGACCUGCAUGAAAUGUGAGAUCUCCAUGUGCGUCCAGCACCUGGAGGCCCACCUCACCACACCUGUGUUACUGCAGACUCAUCCUCUGACUGAGCCCAUGGCUAUAGACAGCAACACCAAAUGUCCCCAGCAUGGGAAGCUCCUGGAGUACUACUGCCUGGAUGAUCAGACCUGUGUGUGCGUUUCCUGCGCCAUUGAAGACCAGCACCGUCUUCACAACAUGAAGACCUUCUCCACGGCCCACAAAGAGCUCCUGGAGAAGCUGAAAGCUGAGCAGAAGGACUUACAGGUGAAAACUGAGGAUGACAACAUGAGUCUGGAGAAGUGGGAGAAGAGUGAAAGAGAGAAGCUGGCUCGCAGCAGCGUGCGUCUCAUCGAGGCUGUGACGAAUCUGCGGGACGUUUCUCUGACCAGUGUCCAAAGUUCAGUCUCUGCUCGAAUGGUGUCCAUCAGAACCAGCAGGAGCAGCAUGCAGGCAGCACAGAACGAGAAAGACACCUUCAGAUUCCUGCAGAUGUACUCUCAGGUGAACCAGGAUGUAGAGAAAGCCAAGGCUGUGGAUCUGAGGAAAGGCUUAGAGCCGGGCCUCCAACGGGACAAACUGGUUCUGGAGAUAAGACAGAACGGGGAGAAGAUGGUGAACCAAGCGUCCAACUUUUUAGUAUCAUCGUUGACCCUGGUUGAUCCUGAAAGCCAUCUGGAUGUCAAUGAUUCUUCAGAUCUGAUCUUUGAACCCCAGACUUUCAAUUUCAGCAUGUCCAUGUCCAAAGACAAAAGGAGAAUUUUCUACAACACCUGGCUGGGUCAAUGUUCUGGUAUUUUUCUAAUCCAAAGCACCAAGUCAGUUCCCAACCAUCAGAGAUGGAUCCUCAGUCUUCCCAGUGAGGGUGAUUGGAUGAUUGGUUUGUGUGAUAAAAAGUCUGCAAAUAACCCGAUGAAUGGACCAGUCUAUGGACUGGUCUGUGAAGAUAACCACCUGAGCUGUGUUAAGAACCAUGCACAUCCUGGUACGUCAGAGAUACAACUUAAGAAACUGUCUCCAGUCCCCAGAUCUGAGAAGAAGAAGAAAGUGAUGGACAUACCCCAACCUGAAAUGGUGGAAGUGUUUUGGGAUGUCAAAGCCUCCAGGCUCUCCUUUUUCAGCAGAACUGGACAGUACCAGAGCGAAAAAAUAGUCAUAAUUGAAGCAACACCCAACAAAUGUGAGCUGGUUCCUUUUGUUAGGUUGGGAAAGGAAAAUACCCAGAGCUCCUCCAUGCAGGAAUGGAAAUGCUCUUGUGGCUGCAGCAUCUCUUUCAGAAGUUUAUUUAACAGGUCUUACCAGGCAAGUUGCCCCAACUGUGGAAAAAUAUUCAGUGGCCAGUUCAUCACUGAAAUUGUUUGUGAGCUUUGCUAAUUGUUUGUAACUUUAAUCAUAACUUUUACUGCCAACUAAUGAGCAUUAUGUGACCCGUGAUUGAUGGUUGUUUGUGAAUAUAUGAACACAAUUACUGGAGGAUUUUGAUUGAUUUGAAUCUUUAUUAUACUUUUCACUGCAGUCGGUUCAUCAUCAUUAGUUUGAUGAAUCAACACUAAUGUGGUUUGGGAUUUAAACAAAUAUGUAUUCUCCAUCCCAUCCAAAUGAUCUUUGUCUCCAUCUAGUGGUUAUAAAGGCAACUUAGUUUGUAAACAAUGUAACUGCUUUAUUAAAGAAUAAAAUCAGAGAA